AAAAUUGAAGUAUUCUUGAUUGACGUGUGAAGUUGAUUGUUGAAGGGUUUUUAUAUUUAUGUUGGUGUUCUUUGUCCACUGUUACGUAAACUGUCAAAAAUUGAAUAAUUUUUAGUUGGAGCUUCCUAAAAGUGCUUAAUACUAAGUGAUAUAGUUUUAAGUUUCCAAAAAAAAAUAUUUGGAAACACUUUUUUUUCAACUGCUCGUUUAUAGAUAACCUGUUAAGUAAAUUUUGACACCACCUUUCACGCAACAUGGCUGCGACUGUAGGUCGAAUUUGUGGUGCAGGUCUAUUGAAACCCAGUAAUAUAUCGUCUAUUAGUCAGAUAAGUUCCUAUUCAACGACAAAAGAAUGGACUCGCGGAAGGAAAGCACUUUUGGGAAGCUUAGGUUUACUAGCUGGAGGUACUGGAGCCCUACUCUAUGCUUUGGAUCAAUCUGUCAAAGCAUCUGAUUUAGAAUUGCAUCCACCAAAAAAUAUAUGGAGUCACUCUGGACUUUUUAGUUCAUUGGAUCAUUCUAGUAUAAGAAGAGGUUAUGAAGUAUACAAACAAGUGUGUGCAGCUUGCCACUCAAUGCGAUUUAUUGCUUACCGUAACUUGAUAGGAGUAUCACAUACAGAAGCUGAAGCUAAAGCCGAAGCAGAAGAAAUACUUGUAGAAGAUGGACCUGAUGAAUCUGGUAACAUGUUUCAACGGCCUGGAAAAUUGUCUGAUUAUUUCCCAAAUCCAUACCCUAAUGAAGAAGCUGCCCGUGCUGCUAAUAACGGAGCUUACCCACCAGAUUUGAGCUAUAUAGUAUCGGCUAGACAUGGAGGCGAAGAUUACGUUUUUGCUCUUCUGACAGGCUACUGUGACGCCCCAGCUGGAGUACUUUUAAGAGAGGGUCAAUAUUAUAAUGCUUAUUUCCCCGGUGGGGCUAUUUCUAUGUCUCAGGCUCUAUAUAAUGAGACAACUGAAUACAGUGACGGAACUCCAGCUACUGCAAGUCAACAAGCUAAAGAUGUAGCCACUUUCUUGAAGUGGACAGCCGAGCCAGAGCACGACGAUAGAAAGAAAAUGUUAAUAAAAGCCAUUGGCAUAUUUACUUUCCUUAUUGCUCUAAGUUACUAUGUGAAGAAACUCAAGUUUUCUUCAUUGAAGACACGUAAAGUUGAAUUUAGGCCAAAAAAUCAAUGAGAAAGUAUUGUAGAAGAAAAUAAAGUUUAGCGUGACUACCAUAGAGAAUGUUUAAGUAAGGUGUAAUUUCAUUGUACAUAUUUAUCAAAUAUCCUACCGGGUAUUGUUUUACUACUGUUUAAUUUAUUUGUUUCCCAACUUUUAAUAUUAAAAGUGUCACGUUAUGUUUCAAUAAAAAAUUGAAUACUC